UCGUUCGGCACCCGCCCGGGUAAGUUAGCGGUCCGGUUUCGAAAGUAAGUCCUGCUACGAACAGUGUAAAGAAAGUGUAUAUAAUCUGGUGAAAAGUUCAGGAAAACAGUUUGCAGAGUGAAAGUGUCUAGUGAAAUACUUGUUCAAGAUGGGUAAAGGUCGCCAUUUGACCUUUUUGCUAGUGUGCCUAGUGGGAUGCUGUUAUGCAGAUAAUGCAACGUCCGACAGCAACAAGCCCUCGACCACGUUGACUUGGAUUGAGAAGUUGAAGAAGGAUUUAUUUGCCAACUACGAUCGUAACGUACGACCCACUCAGUACUACAAUGUUACUAAUCUGAAUUUGGGGAUAACAAUGCGACAUGUGGAUAUCGACGAGGAGAAUUCCAUCUUUUCGCUUUAUGGAUGGGUAAAAAUGAGUUGGAAGGAUCUGCGUUUGAAAUGGAAUGCCUCGGACUAUGGAGGCAUACAAUCAAUUGUGCUUCCGAGCUAUUAUCUAUGGGAUGCAGACCUGCACUUGCAUUCUGUAACAUUGGAGUCGUCCGGUUCAUCGUUUGUUGGAACAAGUAACGUACGGGUGGGCAACGAUGGGAUGAACAUCGUCACAGAGCGCUUGAAUUUCAAAUCAUUCUGUGAGAUGAACUUCAGAAGCUGGCCGUACGAUACGCACCAUUGCUCGAUAGUACUGGGAAAGAUGGUAGCCGAUGAAGAUGAUGCAGUCCAAAUUCAGACGCUACCAGCGGAGUGGGAACGGCUCACUCAAGGAAGCAGUAUGUGGCAAAUUGUUAGUACAUCAGUGGAAAAAUAUAAAAAUCCAAUGGAAGUGACUUCCGAACAAUUCAACGGAAUUCAAUACGGAAUCACAGUUCAGCGAAAGGUACAAAUAUUCCAAAGCACGAUCAUCGCACCAGCCAUUGUGCUCAUUCUCAUGACUUUAGCCACAUUUUGGCUUCCUCCGAAUGCCAGCGAGAAAGUACUUUUAAAUUGCAUCAAUGCGGGCAUCGUAUGUGCAUUUCUUCUAUACUUCACGAUCCAUUUGCCCCUUCUGGCCACUAGGACACCGUUAGUAGUUCUAUUUUUCAGCAACAGUUUAUAUCUCACCGCUUUUUCACUGGUGCUGUCUGUUAUGGUGGUCAAUAUGGUGAAAACUAAACAUAGUAGGCCAGUUCAUCCGUACAUUAAAGGGCUUAUUUCACUGCCUGGCGUGGGCGUGUUUGCUUGGACAGGAAACAAUGCGAAGAUUGGAAUGACCGAUGAAGAGGAUUGGAUUGGAGAAAUGAAAAACGAUUCCUUGGCAGGAGAAUCUUGUUCAUCAGCGGACGAGGCUUCGCAGGCUCAGCUCGGACUCCAGCGAGAUUGGAUUCAGUUUGCCGUAAUACUGGACCGAAUCUGUUUUGUCGUUUACGUAUUCAUUUACAGUGUUAUGGCGGCUAGUUACUUACACUGAUUUUCCAUUAUAAAAUUACAGUGAACUCUAUCUGGAAAUAAAGCAAAUUGUUACAUUUA